AUGUCUACCCCUCGUGAGGCCGGACCCAGAAGUGCACUCUUUCGCCCCGGACCGAGACGUGCUCCCGCGCCUCGCCACACCCUGCUGCCGAUGGCAUUCAGGAUCAUUCCGAUCAACCGGAUCACGCGCCAAAUCACGGAAAACGGCACCGUCAUCCCCGACGGUCCCAAGAUCGCGCGCAAGGCGCGCUUCGUCAUCCAGGAUGCCUUGGAGAACGGCACCUUCCCGUCGUCAAUUGAGAUGGCACUCACCAAGCUGGUCUCCAACUUCAACUACCUCUGGGGUUGGACUCGUUUCCAGGAUAAGCAGCUCGAAGUCACCGUUGGGCUGCUGAAUGAGAUGAUGGCUGUUUUGAAGGAGCAUCAGCAACAGUUGGAGGAGGAGGGUGUUCAGCCCAACUGA